CCAGUACGCGGGACAGCAACAGUAGUUCACCGAGUCAUUCAGUUGCUGGCGUGUGAUGGAGUUUUUGUAUUUGGUGCUGUUUUACGUGGAGGCGUUCUUUGCUCUCGUGAUCUUAUAUGUGCUGCUUCUCAACUUGGUGAUCAUAUAUAAGCAUCUCACUUGCAGAUACCUGAAGAAACCUAAGGACCUGCGACAAUGCUACGGCGAGUGGGCAGUGGUGACUGGCGGGUCGUACGGGAUUGGCAAGAGCUAUGCGAAUGAGUUAGCACAACGAAAAAUGAACAUCAUCCUUGUCAGCCGCAGCGAGGAAAAGCUGCGACAGGUUGCUCACGAAAUAUCUUUAACGCACGGCGUGAAAACUAAAUACAUUGUUGCUGAUUUGAGCCAAGGCCAAGACGCAGUUGAUAAAAUUGACAAGGAGUUGACAAAUUUGGACGUAGGAAUUUUAGUGAAUAAUGCAGCAACAGCAGGCGGCUUUCCAUGCCAGUUCAAAAAAGUGCAGCGUCAAAGUAUUUAUGACAUGUCAUCUGUGAACAUGAGUGCAGUGGCUGAUCUGAUGUACCAGGUGCUGCCUGGAAUGCGUGCCAGGGGUCGAGGGUUGAUUGUCAAUGUUUCCUCGGUUGCUUCGCUCGGUCCACUAGUUAACGCUUCAGUCUAUUCUGCAUGCAAGGCCUACGUAGCCAAUCUGUCGGAAACGAUUCGAAUCGAGUGUGCCAGUGAGGGCAUCGACGUGCAGACCCUAACACCGGGAUUUGUGCAAACAGCUCUCCUUCACUGCGACACAAAGAGGAACAGUCUGCCUAAUUUUUUAAACCCAACACCUGAGGUGUUUGCCAAGAGUGCUGUCGACACAAUCGGACACAUGAAGCUCACCUCUGGCACUUUGUGGCACGAUUUGCAGAGAGAGUUUCUCGAGUUGCUGCCGUAUUCCUGGCGUACUGGAGUGAUGGCUUAUUUCUUGAAAUCAACGUGAAUAAUUUAAGCAAAAAAGUAAACGGCUGCUCUCUUGGAGAUGAUCAAAUCCUUAUUUAGGCACUCAUUAUUUUUGGCUUGCCCACCUUUUUUAAAUGUAGAUCAAUGCCGUCGGUGCGGGAUGCGGAUAAACGUGUAUUGUGCUUAAUGUCAGUGCCAACGCCACCAAUGACCCAAUUCUUUUGUACAAAUGUUGUUUAAAAUAAAUCUUAUUUAUGUGUA